AUGGCUACAGCUUCGGACAAAACGCUGCUGCCUUUGUCGCCUAUGGACGCGGUGAUGCACGGCUUCGGCUUCGUGAUCCUGUACAUCUUCCCUCCUUCAUCCUCCUCGUACAACCUCGACAAACUGCAGUCGUCAUUUAUCUCCCUCGUAGAACAAGACUACCGCAUUCUCAUCGGAGAACUGUACGUGGAUCCAAGUACAGGGGUCGUCAACGUAAAGCAGACAGCGGAGUCUCUUGAAAAGGGGGCGGAAGGUAUCCUAUUCGAGACGAAUCCAGAGAAUCCUAAGACAACGGAGCAGGCGAUCCAGGAGCGAUCGUUGGACUUAAUGCCGACUACACGAGGCGAAACUGAGCUCAUUUGUGUCAAAGGAACGCUACUGAACGACGGAGGUUUAGCUAUUGGGGUCAACGCUAGUCACACGCUGUUUGACGGUGAAGCCAUGUUCACAUUCAUGACAGUGUGGGGUCAACACUACAGCGGCGUUCCGAAAGAACAGAGACUUGUAGUGAACCAUGAUCGACACUUACUGAAGGGAAAGGGGAAGCCAUCAGCAAUGCAGCACCCAGAGUUUCGUGUUGUGGCAGAAAGCGAUGACGCGGCAUCGUCAUAUGUGAGUACCGUCGACGCAAUCACUGCGCUCUUCACGAUCUUGAUCUCCAGAGCUCGAGGUCAUGGGCAAAAUGUGAGAAUCACGACCGGGGUGAACGCUCGACGUCGUCUCGAGCCUCCUCUGCCUCCGAACUACGUGGGGAAUGUUAUUUUUAACGCUUUCUCGACAUUUACCAGCACCGAAUUGCAGUUAAGCGAGGAGAAGGGAGUUUCUCCCAUGAUACUGGGGAAACUCGCUCGACGAGUGCGCGAGUCGAUCUUGCAACGAACUGAUGAGUAUCUACGCGAUGCUAUCGACUUUCUGACGGAGCAAAGCGAUAUAGCUGCAGUUCAGGUGGGUACGAACUUUGUGUUCGGCCACGAUCUCAUGUUCACCUCUUGGCUACACAUGGGCAUGUACAACGCUGAGUUUGAUGGCAUUCAUCCGUGGUUCGCGUGUGCUCCUCAGCUGCCGUGCUACGAUGGCUUUGUUAUGGUCACAGAGGCUCGCAAAGGCGGCGAUGGAAUCGACGUGGGUGUGUUCCUUGAAUGCACAGCGAUGGAGAAGCUCAAGAAGAUAUUCGCUGAGCAAACACUCAAUAUCAUGGCCACCAUCGCUACCCCAGUGGAAAUCGAAGGAGACGUACUGAUUCCGUUGUCCGCGAUGGACGCUGUCAUGAACACCUAUCGCGUCGUCGUGCUCUACAUUUAUCCGCCACCUUCGUCCGAAGCUUCUGCUUUCAAUCUCGAUAAACUGCAACGUUCGUUUGUUACUCUGGUUAACGAGGACUACCCCGUUUUAGUCGGCGAGCUCCACGUUCAUGGAAAGACGAUAAGCGUCAAACAAACCCCAGUGUCGAGAAACCAAGGUGCGAAAGGAAUCCGCUUUGAAACGAUUCCGAUUAGCUACCACACAACGAAUGACGCGAUCGAUUCUCUAUCAUGGGAGUUUAUGCCAAAGCCUCGAGCUCAAAAAGAGAUUAUCGCCGUCAAAGGAUCCAUUUUAGCGGAUGGGGGGAUGGCCAUUGGAGUGGAUUGCAGCCACGUCUUGUUCGACGGAGAAUCCAUGCUCACGUUCAUGAAAGUGUGGAAUCAACACUACAGCAAAGUGCGCAAAAACGCUCGACUGGUGGUCAACCACGACAGAUACCUGCUGUCAGGAACACGAGAGACCCCCAGACUCUCGCAUCCUGAGUUUCUAAUUGCUCCCUUGGAGCCUCUUGUUCGAAGAAAGGAUGGGUCCACUUCCAAAUUUGCGCGCGACUGCUCAAGACCCCAGCCGAGAGAAGGAAGCGCUCAAGCAACAAAGAUCCCGGGGGGCGUUUGGAAGGACGCGAAACCCCCGGGUCAUACAAUCUUCAAGUACUAUUAA